UCAUAGAAACAAAUCCAUCAACAGUUGGAUUAACAGUAUGCGGUUCUUAUGCUUUCAAACAAACGGAGAACAAGGUUCUUUGGAUUGUUUAUGGAACGUUGUGCAUCUUACAACCUGUUGAAGGAACUAAGGCCAUCGGUGUCUGGAGAAUAACUGUGGUUGUAAAAUGAAUUUCUCAGAGGUUUUUAAGCAGUCCAACCAGCUUUGCAAAGUUUCACCUGAUGGAAAAUAUUUGGCUACCUGUGUCCAAUACAGGCUAGUUGUGAGAGACAUCAGCACUUUGCAAAUUUUGCAGCUCUACACCUGUCUGGAUCAAGUAUCCCACAUGGAGUGGUCCUCUGACUCUCUGUUCAUCUUAUGUGCUAUGUACAAAAGGGGUCUGGUUCAGGUGUGGUCUCUCGAACAGCCAGACUGGCACUGUAAGAUUGAUGAGGGCUCAAUCGGACUAGUCUCCUCACGCUGGAGUCCAGACGGACGUCACAUUCUCAACACCACCGAGUUCCAUCUGAGAAUUACCGUCUGGUCCCUCUGCACGAAAGCUGUGUCUUACAUCAAGUAUCCCAAAGCAUGUCAGAAGGGUAUUGACUUCAGCACAGAUGGAUCCUACAUGGCCUUAGCUGAACGCCGUGAUUGUAAAGAUUGUAUAAGCAUAUUUGUAUGUGAUGACUGGCAUUUACUCAGGCAUUUUGAGACAGAAACACAAGACCUUGCUGGAUUGGAGUGGUCUCCUAAUGGCUGUGUGCUGGCAGUGUGGGACAGCUGUCUAGAGUAUAAGGUCUUGCUAUAUUCCUUGGAUGGCCGAUUGCUGUCGACCUACAGUGCCUAUGAGUGGUCCCUGGGUGUGAAGUCCGUGUCCUGGAGCCCCAGCAGCCAGUUCUUGGCCAUUGGCAGUUAUGAUGAGAAAGUGCGCAUCCUCAAUCAUAUCACCUGGAAGAAAAUUGUGCAGUUUGAACACCCAGCAGUCAUUGAAAAUACAAAAGCGACUGUGUACAAGGAAGUGGAGAAAAGGCCAGCUGAGGUCCGCGAUGAGUUCUCGCUACACAAUGUAACAAUGGACUCCACACUUUUCAGCACUCAGAGCAAAUAUGAGAUCUGCUCUCUGCCUGUCCAAAUUCCUGCUGUCAAGCCAGACCCAGACAGAGCCAAUCCCAAAAUAGGUGUGUCUGUUCUGGCGUUCAGCUCAGACAGUCGCUAUCUUGCCACCAAAAAUGACAACAUGCCCACUGCUAUUUGGGUGUGGGACAUGCAGAAGAUGAGCCUGGAGGCUGUGCUGGAGCACACAUUAUCUGUACGCUGUUUUCUGUGGGACCCCUGUCGCCCUCGACUGGCCCUGUGUACCGGAAACAGCAAACUUUAUCUAUGGUCCCCUGGAGGCUGUGUUUCUGUCCAAGUUCCUGUUGAAGGUGAUUUCCAAGUCCAGUCCCUAAAGUGGCACUGCAAUGGAGACUCUGUGAUCCUGCUUGGGAAAGAGCAGCUUUGUUUGUGCUAUAUGGACACUGAGCAGGAAGAAAAGUUAAACUCGUGAUAGUUAGUACAGCUCUAGUUAUGUACUUGAAGACCACUGAAAACACUCCUGAAGCAUUAGCUUUUCAGCACUGUGAAAAAUCGGUUGAGUUUUAGCCUUAAAGCAUUUGUGUCCUGAAGUUUCUCUGAAAGUUUGUAGUUAACUCAA